AUGAAGAUGAAGUUGGAGGAGGAAGCCCCUUGCAAAGUACAUGAACAGGACUGCCCAGAAGAGAUGAUACAGCUGAUGAGGCGAUGCUGCUCCUGUGAGCCUGAUAAGAGGCCCACCAUCAACGAAAUCUGCAAUGCACUCUGCAGCCUCCCAGCAACUUGGCCUGAAGUGGACACUUCCAGUCAGGGCCUGGCGAGCAAAAUCCUUGAGGGGACCAGUGGUGAUUGUUGCCCAGUAGCCCUGAAGCUUCGUGUUCUGCUCAGGGCAAGCUUCACUGCUGUAGAAAAUAAAACUGUCGUACUGGCGUCCAUGGGUAGAAAAUUAGCCGCAGUGCUGCGGCAAUUCACUUCCAAGAUGGACAUAAAGGACACUGUUGUUCAAGUGGAAGAUCCUAUUCAUGGGUCUGUUGUCUUCCCAGUGUUGGUGCAAUUUGUGAGUGAAGAUGCUGUUACUUUGUUCAAAGAGAAGAUUCAGAUGUUUGCUUCAGCGACCUUCGACGCAUUUGUGGAGAUACUGCCAGAUGCACCCCGGCCAAUAUUGACCAUUGUGGAAGAAUUCUAUUGGGCGCAGGCACAGAUGUCGAGGCUGCAAGACGAAUUGCAAAUUGUCCAAAGACAGAUAGGCAGAUUCACGAGCUUCAUGUACUCCCAUUGGAUGCUGCGCUUUCUGCGUGAGACGAUCUGCAUCCUGCGAUGGAAUUUGAGGAGCAUACCAGAGCGCUCUGUGGAAGAUGAGUGCAGAAAGGAUUUGAUUGCUUUGGUGCACAUGCUAAAGCUUGCAUUGCAGCUUCUCCAGGACCACAAAUUUGUGGAUAUGUAUUUCUUGCAGAGCAGCAAAGAUACACAAAUGACUGUGGAUCGCAUACUCACUGCAGUCAGUGCUGUAGCAUCGAAAUGGAACAUGCCUGGGGCCAGGAUGCUUCCGAUUGGUGUGCCUGCCGAGUACCGUCAACACGACAGAGUACAUUUGGCUAAGCACUUGGCAUUUGUGCUUGGGAUCGGGUGCUCUCCCUUUGGGGCAGAUUCUGGGGAUAUCAAGGAAGCAUGGGAGGCGGUCAAAAACAGGCUUGAUACAAAGAGACAUCUGGCCAUCAUACCCAAGAAUGCAAUAAGAUUGGGAUAUCGACUGGGAGCUAGUGUGCAUGAAGCUUACUGGAAAAAAAGGAAGGUGGCCUCAAGACAGCUCGUCCCAACUGGGGUGCAGGAAAUGGACAUUGAGGAAUUUGCUAAACUGUACGCAAAGACAAUUUUCCAGAUGUCUGCAGAGGCCAAAUAUGUUGUGAAGGUGCAGGGAAUCAGUAGAUCAGGAGCGUUGUUGAUGGAUUUGGCAAAGUGUACUUUACAGCAGUGGUACCGAUCAACUUGUAUCCUUGUUGCUGCCAAGAUCACCAUGUUAACUCAUGCAGCAAAGGCACUGCUUUCCCUGCACAAUAGUGGCAUUGUGUAUGUGCAUGUGAAGAGCUCCAAUUUUCUGAUCUUCGAUCAGAAUGCUGAGGAUUAUGAAGUUAAUCCUGUGAGGCUGGCAGUACUGCCUUCAGAGGAUAGUGACUUAGAUAUGGUUCACAGCACCAUACAAACAGCACGCUGGAUGCCGGCAGAGCUCUAUGAAGGCGAGGCCCCAAGCAUGCAGACAGAUGUUUUCAGUUUUGGG